CAGAGACGCUUCCCUUCCUCCCAGCGCAGCCCAGCGCGGCGGGGAACCCGCAGGCAUAAAGGGAAACACAGGAGGCUCCUUUUGUCCUAUGCAUCUGGUGGGGAAUCAUUUUGCAGAAAUGGAAUCACUGAAGAUCACCAUUUCUCUUUGUGAAUAAAGGAUACAGUUGAUUUGCCCAUAGAUUCGUGAAACAAAUGGAUACUUGACCUGAGAAAGUCCUGCCCUAGCUUUGUCCGAAGAGAAGAAUUUAAUCAGAAGAAAUGGAUGCCGAAGGAUUAAAAAAACAGGAAAAAAAAUUGUUAACCCUCCUAUUUUUACUGGCCCAUUUGCCAUGGAGAGGAGUAAUGAGUGAAACAGAAGAUUGUCGAGAGCAAGAAUUUCGGGAUCGGUCUGGAAUGUGCAUCCUUUGCAAACAGUGUGGACCAGGCAUGGAGCUCUCUAAGGAAUGUGGCUUUGGCUACGGGGAGGAUGCGCACUGUAUGGCGUGCAGGCCGAACCGAUUCAAGGAGGACCGGGGCUUUCAGAAGUGCAAACCCUGCCUGGACUGUGCGAUGGUCAACCGGUUCCAAAAGGCCAACUGUUCGGUCACCAGCAAUGCAGUGUGUGGGGACUGCCUCCCGGGAUUUUACAGGAAGACGAAGCUUGGUGGUUUUCAAGACAUGGAGUGUGUACCUUGUGGCGAUCCGCCUCCCCCGUACGAGCCUCACUGUACAGCCAAAGUGAACCUGGUGAAGAUCGCCUCUCCGGCCUCCAGCCCCAGGGACGCGGCUCUGGCUGCCGUGAUCUGCAGCGCCCUGGCCACCGUGCUGCUGGCCCUGCUCAUCCUCUGCAUCAUCUACUGCAAGAGGCAAUUUCUGGAGAAGAAACCCAGCUGGUCUGCAAGGUUCCAGGACGUGCAGUACAACGGAUCUGAACUGUCCUGCUUCGACAGACCAGCUCUGGGCGAGUUCGCACACGGGGCCUGCCGCCAGUGCCAGCGAGCACCUGUGCAGACGUGCCGCCCGGUUCACCUGAUUCCAUCUCUGUGCUGUGAGGAGACCUGCAGCCUGGACCCCAGUCCGCGUAGCUGUGCCUUCCACCCCAAGUCUUCUCUGCAUGAAAGGAACACCAGUUCCAUCGGGGAAAUGAUUCCGACGUUCUUUGGUUCCAUUGCUCGCUCCACCUGCGGGGAUCUCUCGGACGCCUGGCCCCUGGUACCGACCACCCCUCUGGACAGUGACACCCUCUCCCUCAGCGACUCCGAACUGAACGGAGAUGGGAAUUCACUCGAUCCCGAACGGGAAAGAUCAGCCCCCCCGGACUUGAGCGAUGGCCAGGAUUGGGAAGGCGCGGCUGCUCCAGCCCAGACUCAUUAUGAAAACCUGGAGGAAGCAACUGAAUUUUCUAAUCACAAUGUAUUGAUGGGACAACUACUGACUCAAGACACGCUAUCGAACAAAAACCAGCUGGGAGGAGAAACUGAGGCUGUCAUUAUCAUAGCCCUACCAACCUCGAACCAAGAGGCCUAGAAGACCGCCAUCUCCCCCAGCAGAAGUGCGUGCCACUCCAAUGCCACCCUAAGGCCGCCCUGUGGUCUUGGGAACUGAGCCCGGCUUGGUUCUCCAUGCUGCGUGGUUUUAGACAAGCUGAAAGAACCUGGUAGGAGUUGAGGCCUUCCAACUCGCCGCUGCCAAGCCAGACCAGCUGGAAGCCGAAACCCCAAGGAUAACCUGAGAAGCAGCUCAGGGCAGAUUGUGACUCCCUGCCUCCUCCGCACACAAGACACUCCUGCAGGGCUCACGCAUUGAGGGUGCAGCGAAGGAGACUGUGUACAUUCAUUCGUUUGACAAUUUAGCAUUGCUCUGGCCGGUUUAGCCCAGCCCAUGGUUUGCGGCUCCCCGAGGCAGAGGGGACAAGGCAGGGGCCUGCACUGCAUCUGGAGGCAUCCUUUUACUAGAUCUCCCCUCAGAAUCCCAAGCUUUUACCUGGACGGCAUUGUGAAGGGAAUUGCAACUGGUACGUGACGGUUUUUACUGACCAGAUGAGGGUUUCA